GGGCGGGGAAGGAGGUGUUCCUGCGGUCUCGUUGUCUUCCUGCUCGCCGCGCUAAUGUCCCACGGGCUGAGAAGGGGACGGGAGGAGGGGGAGGAGGGAGCGGCGAGGGGCAGCCAGGCGCGGCACGGGAGCCUCCACGAGUCCGCGGCCGGCGGCGGCAGGAGCCAGGGCCGGCAUGAGAGGAAGAGGAAGAAAGAGGAGGCGCAGCAGCUCCAGAAGCUCCAGCACCUGGAGUCCUUCUAUGAGAAACCUCCCCCAGGGCUAAUUAAGGAGGAUGAAACAAAACCAGAAGACUGCAUACCUGAUGUACCAGGCAAUGAAAGUGCACGAGAAUUCCUGGCACAUGCCCCAACAAAAGGGCUUUGGAUGCCUUUGGGAAAAGAAGUCAAAGUUAUGCAGUGCUGGAGGUGUAAACGCUAUGGACACAGAACAGGGGAUAAAGAAUGCCCAUUCUUUAUUAAAGGCAAUCAGAAACUGGAACAAUUUAGAGUAGCACAUGAAGAUCCAAUGUAUGAUAUAAUAAGGGAAACUAAACGUCAUGAAAAAGAAAUGAGGAUACAGCAGCUGAAGCAGCUCCUUGAGGAUUCCACCUCAGAAGAUGAUAGCAGUGAUGACAGUGAUGAAGAUGAUGAUGAAGAUAGCAGCAGCUCCACUUCCUCAGAUAAACACAAGAAAAAAAAGAGAAAGAAGGAAAAGAAAAAAAAAGAAAAGAAGAAGAAGAAAAAGAGAAAGCAUAAAUAAUCUAAAUCUAAUGAGAAUGACUGAUAGCAGUCACCUACUGUACGCUCAUUGACCCCCCUCUCCCCCCUCCACUUGUGAACUGUCCAGAAAGAUCCAAAGAAUUAGGAACAAAGUACCAAAAGGAGCUCUUUUAAACUGAGACCGUACAGAUGGAUACAUGUAGCAUCCUCCACUGGCUCUUUUUCUCUACCCCUCUGCAGUGCUGCAGCCAGAAAAAGGAAAGCAGCACUGAACGAUACACAAUCAUACAUAUCUUUUUUACCAUAAAACUUCUGCAAACCAUCAUCCAACUUGGUCAAAUUGCUAUGUGACUGCCAGCAGAAAUGGAGGCACCAUUUCUUCCACCACUACCAUGGUGGAAAAACUCAGCAGACUGUUGAAGCAUGUUUUCACCAUGCAGUCAUUUAAUUAUAUACAAAGCUUCAUUGCAAGGGUGCUGCAGUUUGCAUUGCACUGGCAGUUCACUUACAGUAAGGUACUGUAUUUUUUUUUUCCUGCAUACCGCCUAUGUGUUGAAGUCCACUGUACUUAUCACUUGCAGCUGGGGAAAUAACAAACACUGCUGAAGGGAGAAAAAUGUUAAUCAAGGGAAUUGAAGACAAAACCAGAGUGAAAGCAAAACUUUGUUUUGCUAGCAAAAGCUCAACGUGACUGCAGUAGGCACAGUUCUAUAAUUAGAGCAUUCCCUAACCCAUAAGAUGGUGAGCCAGGUGUGAUGAUGCUAGAUGCCAAUUUCACUGUUAGGAGUUGUUUUUGAUUAUUUAAAAAAGGGAGUGGUGGUUCAUGUUGGAAAUGAGAAAGAUACAUUUCUACAUAUACUUCAGUAUCAGUUGUUUUGAUACAUUUGAUUUUUUUUUUCCUUUUAAAAAGGCUUGAGGAAGUAAAUUCCAACUUAUGUUGUAUAUUUACUAGAAUUAUUUCAUGUAGUAAUAGUAUGUGACUCAUCCCACAAGAAUAUAAAUGUUUAAGGAAGUUUCCAAGUGUGCUUGUAAGCUACAGAACAGUAGCAAAGAACAUGUAAGCAGGAAGAAGGGAAGAAGUGUACUCUAAUGAUGUUAUACACUGACCGCAAGUUCUUUCUUAUAAGCAAUGUUCCAAGAUAAACUUGACUGGAACAACUGAGACUGUGAUAAGCUGUUGGAGUAAGUUCUCUCUUUGUGAAAGAGAUAAACGUACAGCAGUACAAAGCCAUGAUUUGAAGACCUAAUUCAUUGGUGCUCUGCAGAAGAAAAAAUAUAAUUACUUUGACAGGAGUAGAUCAUAUCUGAUCUCGUUCAGAACUUAGUCUCUGUAUUUAUGCUCAUAUUAAAGUAUGAUGAAUAUCAGUAACCAGUGCCAGCGAAAUCAAGAUACCAUACACUCAAGUGCAUUUACUUAAGAUUUUUGGUAGUGUGUUUAUUUCCUCCUUUGCCUGAGAGCUUUGGAAGAGAGACAGCAAAGUAUGCAUUAAAAAGUGUGUUUUUUCCCUUC